AUGGACUCGAUUCUCUCUCAAUCACGGGCUGAAGAGAUUGCCGCGGUGGUGGAGUUGCCGGAUUCGUUAAUAGAGAGUGUUGCCCAAUGGACUUAUGGUCUUUUUGGUCCCGCUGUGGAUUUAUUUGAGUCUUUCGCAGAGAGUCAGUUCCCUCAAGUGACGAUGUGGAUUCAGCAGUUGGACGGGCGGCGGCAUCCUUUUGCGUCCAAGUUACCAUUACUGAAUUUUUGGUAUGUCAUUUUCAGUCUUCUUUGUUAUUUUGGUGGAACUAUUCUCUUAUUAUUAACUGCGAAGAUUAUUGGAAAGGGAAAAUAUCGAAUGUUAGUGGCUUUACAUAAUUUAUUCUUGUUUUCCUUGUCCUUAUAUAUGAGUUUCGGCAUCAUGGUAAGUGCACGUGCGGCCAAAUUUUCACUCUGGAACAAUCCGGCAGGAACUAGUAAUGCAGAUUGGCGUGUCACUAAGUUAGUAUGGCUCUUCUACGUUAGUAAAAUUCCAGAAUGGAUGGAUACAUUUGUGAUGUGUCUCAAGCAGAACACUCGUCAAAUUACCUUUUUACAUUUAUAUCAUCAUUCAACUAUAUUUUUUAUUUGGUACAUUUGUUGUUGUAUGGCUCCAGGUGGAGAAGCGUAUUGGAGUGCCAUGGUGAAUUCAUCUGUACACGUUGUCAUGUAUGGAUACUACUUUCUUACAGCUGUCUUUGAAGAAGGGAAAGUACGUCGCUUUUUAAAUCGAUUUAAGUUUUUUAUUACAAAGGGACAAAUGUUGCAGUUUGCUAUUAAUUGUUUACAGUCUGUGUAUGAUCUUUAUAUUAUUCCCCAAAAAUCUCUUAAUUAUGAUGUCAGACUUUUGCAACUUCUCUUUUGGUAUAUGAUAUCAUUACUUGUGCUCUUUGGGAACUUCUUACUAAGGGCUCCCAGGUCAAGAUCUGAAGAAAAAGAAGAAAAUAUUCUUCGCUAUAAGGAGUAUCUUAAAAAGACUCUUCGCAACGGGGAAUUAGGAGAUAAAACAUUACUGGUAAAACCAGCAGUUGAGCUAAGGAAUUCACCUCGAUUUGAAAAUCCAAAAAAAUAUAAGAAAAACUCUUAA